GCAGCAUUUUCCUCCUGGGAGGGAAAGAGAGAGAGAGAGAGACUACUGCUGCCUGUUUGGGACUGAGCUACGGGACAGUAAGAGAAGGAAAGUGUUUGUUUUAUUGCACGGGGAGGAAAUAAAAGCAUGAAACCGGUGGCAUGUGCGCGUUAAGAGUCGCAGUCACCCGCACGCUCUGCAGCGUGUCUAAACCUGUGUUGAGAAUGACCAUCCAUAACGGCUCUGUGGUUUCUGCCAGAGACUGCUCUCAGGCUGGAAACAAGAGAAACACACUGAGAUGGGACCUGUCUCCAGAGGAGAUCCGGACCAUGACUGACAGCGUGAUUAACAGAGUAAAGAAGGUCUAUGAUGACAUUGGAUCUUUAAACAUAGUUAACGUUUCUGUUGAAAACACCCUGAAAGCCUUGGCUAAUGCCAAACUGGAUUAUGCAUCAUCGCGCCAUGUUCUUGAUUUCCCCCAGUACGUUUGUCCUUCUAAGGAGGUUCGGUCCGCGAGCACAGACGCUGACAAAAAACUGUCUGAGUUCGAUGUGGAGAUAAGUAUGAGGGAGGACGUGUUCGAGCGAAUUACUGCCUUGCAGAAAAAUCUCCAAGAAAACCUUUCACCUGAAGAAAAGAGAUUCUUAGACAGGCUUGUAACGUUAGGCAAGCGGAGGGGGCUGCACCUGUCUAAAGAUAUACAAGAGGAAAUAAAAAGAACCUCUAAGCUCAUUAGUGAACUCUCCAUAGAGUUUAACAAGAAUCUAAAUGAGGACAAUACGUUUCAUGUAUUUUCUGAGCAUGAAUUGGCUGGGCUAGCUCAUAGUUAUCUGAAUGGCCUGGAGAGGGCGGCAAACGGGCGAUAUAAGGUGACACUUGAAUAUCCCCACUACUACCCCCUGAUGAAGAGGUGUCACAAUCCCGAGACCAGGAGGAAGAUGGAAACAGCUUUUCACAGCAGGUGUAAAGAGGUAAACACAGAGAUCCUCGAACAGUUGGUAUCUCUGAGGGCAAAAGUCGCAGACUUACUUGGUUACAGCAGCCAUGCGAACUACGUGCUGGAAAUCAACAUGGCCAAGAAUGCAAGCAAUGUGUCGGACUUUCUAGAUACUUUCUAUGAAACGCUGAAGCCCGUUGGAAUCAAGGAGAGGAAAUACAUUCUUGCACUAAAAAAGAGGGAGUGCCUGAUGAAGGGAUACCAGUUUGAUGGGCAGAUCAACGCCUGGGAUUUGCCCUACUACAUGAACCAAGUGGAGCAGUGCAAGUUCGCUGUGAACAAGGACAAACUGAUCGAGUAUUUCCCGCUUGAAGUGGUGACGGCAGGAUUGUUUGGUAUUUACCAGGAGCUGCUGGGCCUCACGUUCACCGAGGUGGAACACGCUCACGUGUGGCAUGAAAAUGUCAAGCUUUAUUCGGUCCACGACGCCGACACAGGGGAGGAGAUCGGCCAGUUCUACUUGGACUUACAUCCAAGGGAGGGAAAGUACGGCCAUGCAGCCUGUUUUGGGCUCCAGCCUGGCUGCAGAGGAGCUGAUGGAAAACGCAGGCUCCCAGUGGCGGCGAUGGUGGCCAACUUUACCAAACCCAGAAAAGGCAUGCCGUCUCUCCUCCAGCACCAUGAAGUGGAGACUUACUUCCAUGAGUUUGGUCAUGUGAUGCACGAGCUCUGCUCCAAGACCACUUUUUCAGAGUUCAGUGGAACCCUGGUGGAGACGGACUUUGUGGAGGUGCCCUCGCAGAUGCUUGAGAACUGGGUUUGGGAGAAGGAGCCUCUGAGAAGAAUGUCUGGCCACUACAAGGACGGCAGCCCGAUCCCAGACAUCCUGCUCGACAAACUGAUCGCUUCCAGAGUAGCCAACACCGGUCUGAUGAACCUGCGUCAGGUGGUCCUCAGUAAAGUUGACCAGUCACUACACAGCAGCUCUGACGCAGAUACGGCGGAGGUGUUUGCGAAACACUGCCAGGACAUCCUGGGUGUUCCUGCUACACCAGGCACCAAUAUGACGGCCAGUUUCAGCCACCUGGCCGGAGGAUACGAUGGUCAGUACUAUAGCUAUCUGUGGAGCGAAGUCUACUCCAUGGACAUUUUUUUCAGUCGUUUUAAGAAGGAAGGCAUUAUGAAUCCAAAGGUUGGAAAAGAGUACAGAAGCGUGAUUCUGGAAGCUGGCGGCUCUGAGGAUGGGAUAGACAUGCUGGAAACCUUCCUCGGACGUGCACCGUGCCAGGAUGCUUUCUUUCAAUGCAAGGGACUGAUUAAAUCACAGGAAAUACAAACGGUUUAAUUCAAUAUAGCUUCUAAGAGUCAUUUUGUCAAAGCAGCUGGAUGCGGGUCCAUGUCAGUAGGAAAAUGGCUUUACAUUAAGAACGUUAUUACAGUGUUCAGGGUUUUUGUACUACACGUUCCAAUGUGAGGAUUUGCUGCUUUUCUCAGUUGUAUAAUUAUUGUAAACUAACUGUAUGGACUGUUCUGAACUGUUGAUGGGACAUUUAAAUAUGUAACCUUGGACUCUUGGGAGUUGUAACAGCUUUUUCCAUUAUUUUCUGACAUUGCAUUGACCAAUGAAUAAAUUAUUAAUUUAUGAACCAAAGCAAUAAUGAAUAAAUUAAUCAAUAAUGAAAAUAAUUGCCCCAGUCCUAUUUUGCAACCCCGAAUGUUGAUGUAGACAACAUGUCCAAUUUACAAGUUUCAUUUGUUGCACACCAAGUAAAAGCUGGAAAAAAAAAAAAAAAUAUAUAUAUAUAUAUAUAUACACACAUACAUACAUGUAUACAGUAUAGGAUGCUUUCAACUGUAUUCAGACUAACUGAAUGCUGACAUGAUGUAUGGGUCUCUUAGCUCAAAAGGCAUGAGGCUCAUGUAAUGAAAUACCUCUGAGAUAUCUCCAGAUCUCUCCUUUGGGGGAAAAAAAGGAUUUGGGAAAACAUGUUUUGCAAUAAGGGAGUUUUCAUAUUUUGAGGACUUCCAUAUUUGAAAUUCUCCCUGCAAGAUAAAAAGUUAAAUGUACACCAGGGGGCGCUCCAGUAUCGCAAAGGCCAGUUUCUUAGUUUAACAUGUUUAAGAAAAAUGAAUUUAAUGAUUGAUGUAACUAUAAUUUCUUUAUUUAAAUAGAAUGAAACCCUCUUUGUUGUACUUCUACCUCCAUACAUGAUCAAAUGUUGCAAAGUGCGCUAACAUCUUUAUGGAUACAUGUAGAUGGGUUAAAUAAAAUGUAUUAUCUUUU